AUGGCUUCUCUUCGUUUCUUGACAUUUCUUUCACCACUCUUGCUGAUCACUUUGUCAAUGGUGGACAACACAAGCAGGACAGAAGCGCGCAGGAUUUUGGAGACAACAUUGCCUAAGGUUCCUGAGCUCCCCAAGCCUGAAUUGCCUGAGCUGCCAUCGUUGCCUAAGGUUGAACUUCCACCACUACCGAAACCUGAACUCCCUGUCCUGCCAAAACCUGAAUUUCCUGAGCUGCUAAAAACUGAAGUUCCCAAAUUGCCUGAAUUGCCCCCUUUCCCCCACUUCCCUGAGCUUCCAAAGACCACAUUACCUACCAUACCAGCUCUUCCCAAGGAUAUCAAGCCACCUCAGUCUACUGCUAGUCCUUAA